AUGGUUUCCAUCAACCACGGGUCCCUUGGGAAGGGAGAAGCUGUGAACGGUGACAGGUCCGGGAGGAGACCCUCGAGGAAGCGGACUCACAAAGCCGAGAACGCGCCAGGCAGGCGCCGAGCCCCGCCUGGACAGAAGGAGCGGGCCGGGGGCAGCCCGGGGUCGGGGUCUCCCCGGAGGAAGCAGGCAGAGCGCAGGGGACGCAGAGAGCAGCUGGGGGAACCGGAGCGAGGCUCGGCAGAGAAGACCUGCGGAGGAAGGAGGAAGAGGGACGGGAGAGCUUCCUUCAGGGAGCACCGAGCACCUCCAAAGAAGGAAAAGGAGGUGCCGAGGAAGGAGGAGAUGUGGAAGCAGCUGAAGAAACACAGGUCAUCCUCCUUGGCCUCCAGCACCUCCGGUGGGGAGUCUCUGUCUGAGGAGGAACUGGCCCGGAUUCUGGAGCAGGUGGAAGACAAGAAGAAGCUCAUCGCCACCAUGCGGACCAAGCCCUGGCCCAUGGCGAGGAAGCUGGCGGGGCUCAGGGAGGCCCAAGAAUUUGUGGAGAAGUAUGAAGGAGCCUUGGGAAAGGGGAAAGGCAAGCGACUCUACGCCUAUAGGAUGCUGAUGGCUAAGAAAUGGGUCAAGUUUAAAAGAGACUUCGAUAAUUUCAAGACUCAAUGUAUUCCCUGGGAAAUGAAGAUCAAGGACAUUGAAAGUCACUUUGGUUCUUCAGUGGCAUCAUAUUUCAUCUUUCUCCGAUGGAUGUAUGGAGUUAACCUCGUCCUUUUUGGUUUAAUAUUUGGUCUAGUCAUAAUCCCAGAGGUGCUGAUGGGCAUGCCCUAUGGAAGUAUACCCAGAAAGACAGUGCCUCGGGCUGAGGAAGAAAAAGCCAUGGAUUUUUCCGUCCUUUGGGAUUUUGAGGGCUACAUCAAGUAUUCCGCUCUCUUCUACGGCUACUACAACAACCAGAGGACCAUCGGGUGGUUGAGGUACAGGUUACCCAUGGCUUACUUCAUGGUGGGGGUCAGCGUGUUCGGCUACAGCCUGAUGAUCGUCAUUAGAUCGAUGGCCGGCAACACCCAGGGCAGCACGAACGACGGGGAGAGCGAUAACUUCACAUUCAGCUUCAAGAUGUUCACCAGCUGGGACUACCUGAUCGGGAAUUCAGAGACGGCCGACAACAAAUACGCCUCCAUCACCAUCAGCUUCAAGGAAUCAAUAGUGGAUGAACAAGAGAGUAACAAAGAAGAAAAUGUCCAUCUGACAAGAUUUCUCCGUGUCCUGGCCAACUUUCUCAUCAUCUGCUGUUUGUGUGGAAGUGGGUACCUCAUUUACUUUGUGGUGAAACGAUCCCAAGAAUUCUCCAAAAUGCAGAAUGUCAGCUGGUAUGAAAGAAAUGAGGUAGAAAUUGUGAUGUCCCUGCUUGGGAUGUUUUGUCCCCCUCUGUUUGAAACCAUUGCUGCCCUGGAGAAUUACCACCCACGCAUUGGACUGAAGUGGCAGCUGGGACGCAUCUUUGCACUCUUCCUGGGAAACCUCUACACGUUUCUUUUGGCCCUGAUGGAUGACGUCCACCUGAAGCUUUCUAACGAAGAGACAAUAAAGAACAUCACUCACUGGACUCUGUUUCACUACUACAACUCCUCGGGUUGGAAUGAGAGCGUCCCCCGGCCACCCCUACACCCUGCAGAUGUGCCCCGGGGUUCUUGCUGGGAGACAGCUGUGGGCAUUGAAUUCAUGAGGCUGACAGUGUCGGACAUGCUGGUAACGUGUAUCACCAUCCUGCUGGGGGACUUCCUGCGGGCUUGCUUUGUCCGGUUCAUGAACUACUGCUGGUGCUGGGACCUGGAGGCUGGAUUUCCCUCAUAUGCUGAGUUUGAUAUUAGUGGAAAUGUGCUUGGUUUGAUCUUCAACCAAGGAAUGAUCUGGAUGGGCUCCUUCUAUGCCCCAGGACUGGUGGGCAUCAACGUGCUGCGCCUGCUGACCUCCAUGUACUUCCAGUGCUGGGCAGUGAUGAGCAGCAACGUCCCCCACGAACGCGUGUUCAAAGCCUCCCGAUCCAACAACUUCUACAUGGGCCUCUUGCUGCUGGUGCUUUUCCUCAGCCUCCUGCCGGUGGCCUACACCGUCAUGUCCCUUCCACCCUCCUUUGACUGCGGGCCAUUCAGUGGGAAAAACAGAAUGUAUGACGUCAUCCAAGAGACGGUCGAAAACGAUUUCCCAACCUUCCUGGGCAAGAUUUUUGCUUUCCUCGCCAAUCCAGGCCUGAUCAUUCCAGCCAUCCUGCUGAUGUUCCUGGCCAUUUACUACCUGAACUCAGUUUCCAAAAGCCUUUCCCGAGCUAAUGCCCAGCUGAGAAAGAAAAUCCAAGCGCUACGUGAAGUUGAAAAGAGCCACAAAUCUUUCAAAGGCAGAGCCACAGCCAGAGAUUCAGAGGACACAGCUAAACGCAACUCCAAAAAUGCCACCCAGCUCACCAAAGAAGGGACCGCACAUCACCCUGCUAGCCCAAGCCAGACCCUGGACCAGAAGGCGCAGGGCUCUAGGGCCUCCAGUUCUGCUGGCAGGACUGUGUCGCCUGCCUCCCAGCCCCCUGGCGUCAGACCAGACUCUGGCCAAGCCCAGCCUCAGGCUCGUCCUUGGAGGUCAGCCUCUGGAAGGAGUGCUCAGAGACCUCCCCACUGACAGCUGGGACUAAUGGAGCAGGGUCCUGGGGCUGAUCCUUGGACUCCCACUGGCUCAUCUCACCCCCACAAAUCGUUCUCUCUUCCUCUCUCUUCUCACACACAUGCACAUUCUCCCUCUUCUCAGUGAACGUGGGAACCUUGAUUACUCAGUCUCAAGCCCUUGUUUGCUACCAAAACAGGAGGACAAUGGCUUUAUCCACCUUUUAGAAGAGCUGAGCCUUCCCCUCACUAACUGCCCUUCCCUGUAUCUUGGCUCAGGCAGCUCUAGACCUUGCACUCACAGCGGUUUCCCUCGGCUCCAGACUUGGGAAGAGGGGGCAGGACCAUGACCACCAUCAUAGACUUUUUGCAAGGAGCCCAUGUUGGGACAGGUUUCUGGCAGCCCCAUCAACUGGGAGGAGGUUGCAGAGGGACCCACAUUCCUGAUCACCACCUCUAUUCAAAGGAGGUGAGCCAGUGUAAACAAAAGGUUGAAGAAGCCGAUGAAAAUAAAAGUAAAUGAACUGAAGUCCAGCCUUGGUGAGUGGGAAGAUGGUGAUUCCCCAGAAACUAGCCUGAGGGGAGCUGAUGCCAUCAAGCACCAAAAAUGCACUGGAGCCUCCCUGGCAGCAAGGCAAGGAGAGAGAGCAGUGUGGUUCUCCUUAUCUAAUUGAAGGAAACAAAAUAUUUCUCAGGGCAUAAAAAUCUUUCUCAUGCAUGAAAUUCUAAAAGGAAUUUGAUUGUUUAUUGUAAAGGGACACGGAAGGUGGUUUGGGGGGGAGUUUUGCAAAGGGUGCAGUGCAGAGCCUUGUCUCUGGCAAUGCUGUGUGUCACAUACUGGUUCUGUGCAGAAGUCUCAUGGGGGCAUCAGCCCUGGAGGCCAGACCGCUGAAGAGGCCUUGCCAGCAAGGGCAAGUAUCAGCAGGGUGCCAGUAACAACCCAGGACUUCCAGUGGUUACCCUCAGGCUUCCAAGUUUAACCAAUAUCCCUACACACCCACCACAAACACAGACAAAUUAUCCUGUUCUGAUGACGCACAACUUUAUGUGAAGGAAUGUAUUUGUUAUCUGUUGCUGCAUAACAAAUUAGCCCCAAAACUUAACAGCUUAAAACAAUAAACAUUUAUUAUCUCACACAGUU